AUGAGUACUCCUCCCCCGACUCCAAGCUCGACUUCAAAUGAGGUAUCAAAACGUCAGCAUAAACAACCCGCCGGCUCAAUGCUGACACCACCAACAUCACCCAGACAGAGUCGGUCCUCCUCGAACAUUUCGGACCUUGCGAUACCAAGCUCGCCGUCAUGCCUUCAUCCUCCACAGCUGUUUCUGGGGGUGAAAAACGCAAACCUCAACCCAAUCGAUACAAGCGUCAUCCAACAGAACGACCCCGUUGAAACAAGUGUAGCCGAAUGUGUGUUCGAUGUCGAGAUCCUCAAAGAUGAGCGUGGCCGAGAUGCAAUUUUCGGGACCGGUGCAUGGAGUGUUGUCUACAAAGCUAGCACUCAAGCCAGGUCGAGAAAUGUCUCAGCAGCACUCACACCACCCCUAUCGCCAACAAGCGUAACACCUGUUAUAGUGGCAGCGAAGAAACCAGCCCGUCGGGACGCGGUGGCUAUCUUGAAGAGCGAGGCCAAGAUCCUGACCUAUUUGCGAAGCGUCCCGGAGAGCGAGAGGUAUGUGGUGCCCUUCUACGGCGUUGUUGACGAAGCGACCAUUGUUUUGGAAGCCAUCCCGUUCAGUCUCGAAGACCACAUACGGAAAUGCGCUGCAAUAGCGGCGCAAAACUUCUCGACGCGGACCAUGAUGGAGCCUGUGGUCGGAACCACCGCGAAGUGGUUCCAGCUUGCACAGCAACUCAUCUCGGCCCUGGCAUGGCUUCACAACAGCGCACAAGUUGUUCACGGUGACAUCAAACCCGGCAAUAUUCUUUUGUCCCGGGUGCAUGGCUCUGGAACUGAGAUUACUUUCGAACCGCUCUUUGCCGACUUUUCCUCCUCCCAGCGACUGGGCGUCGAUGAGACGACGCCAAACACGUUAUCAGCCGUCACGAGAGAGUACACCGCGCCCGAACUGCUGAAUUCGAAAGUCCUUCGCGAUCCAACAUCAACGGCAACGACAGCAUCAGACGUCUUUUCCAUGGCACUGACUUUGCUGGUCGCCGCAACAGGACAGUUGCUUGUCUACUCCGGCUCGGUGUUUCAGCGGCAAGCGAUGGCCACUCAAGGGUGGAUGGUUCUAAGCCAUGUAAGAAACGGGGAAGGAGGAACAAGGGUGCCAAGGUGUGGCAUCGUCGAGAAGCUACUCGAGAGAGCGCUGCUGAAGGCGGAUAUGGGCAGAGUGAGUGCUCAAGAAUGGUUGCGAAUCGUCGAGACUCUUGCGAAGGGAGAGCCAGCAAAGAUCUAA